GGGAGAGGGAGUAUCUGCGGGAGCCGGGCCGGAGCGGAGCAGCGCAGAGCGGGAAGAUCCUUGGGAGCUUGUGGAGUUGAGCCUCCGCGCUUCUAACCUAAGAUUUCGAAAUGCAUCGCGAUUCCUGUCCAUUGGACUGUAAGGUGUAUGUAGGUAAUCUUGGAAACAAUGGCAACAAGACCGAAUUGGAACGGGCCUUUGGCUAUUAUGGACCACUCCGAAGUGUGUGGGUUGCAAGAAACCCUCCUGGCUUCGCUUUUGUUGAGUUUGAAGACCCCCGGGAUGCUGCUGAUGCCGUCCGAGAGCUAGAUGGAAGAACGCUGUGUGGCUGCCGUGUAAGAGUGGAACUGUCGAAUGGUGAAAAGAGAAGUCGAAAUCGUGGCCCACCUCCCUCUUGGGGUCGUCGCCCUCGAGAUGAUUAUCGUAGGAGGAGUCCUCCACCUCGCCGCAGAUCUCCAAGAAGGAGAAGCUUCUCUCGCAGCCGUAGCAGGUCCCUUUCUAGAGAUAGGAGAAGAGAAAGAUCACUGUCUCGGGAGAGAAAUCACAAGCCGUCCCGAUCCUUCUCUAGGUCUCGUAGCCGAUCUAGGUCAAAUGAAAGAAAAUAGAAGAUCCGUUUGCAAGAGAAGUGGUGUACAGGAAAUAACUUCAUUUGACAGGAGUUUGUACAGAAAAUUCAAGUUUUGUUUGAGACUUCAUAAGCUUGGUGCAUUUUUAAGAUGUUUUAGCUGUUCAAAUUUGUCUCUUGGAACAGUGACACACAAAAAGCUGUCAUUCUCUAUGGUUUGAAAUGGAUCAUAUGAGGCAUGUGAUACCAAGAAUUGUUACUUUACAAUGUUCCCUUAAGCAAGAUUGAAUUUACUUUUGAGCUUUAGUCUUGCAAAGACUGAUGACCUCUAAAUCCUGCCCAGCUAAACAAAGUGUGAUGUUUUAAUAUUGUAGAAACAGCACUGUCAAAAACUGAACUAAAAUGUCCUUUUUCCCUCGGCUGGUAUAUAGUACGAAGCUGUAGGUGAGCAAGCAGUCUUUAGGAGCUGCUGUGACGCAAGCCAGCAGGUAAAAAUAAAAGCUGCACCGUUAAAAUAGAUUAGAGGUUUUUGGAAAAACCCAGCUAGUCUUAACUCUGGGCAGAGGUUGUCUAGUUGGUCUAGAAUCUAGUAAGUUUCGAGGAAGUUUACCUUUGCCUAGGUGAUAAGUUCCUUAUGUAAUUGCAAUAUAGAAUACAUAGCUGUUUAUAUAACAGUCUUUAUUGGGAAAUUUGAGAUUUCAGAAAAUACCAAUGUCCUGCCAGUUUAAGGGUACAUUGUAGAGCUGAACUUUGAGUUACUGUGCAAGAUUAUUUUUUUCAUGCUGUCAUUUGUAAUAUGUUUUUGUGAGAAUCCUUGGGAUUAAAGUUUUGGUUAA